GGCCGGUUUCCGCGGGAGGGCGGGCGUGGGCUCGUCGGUAGAGGGCGCCACGGUCGUGAGGCUGCCUUCCUGGGUUCCCACCUCGGAUCCAGCUGACUGCGUGGUUAUUUAUAACGGCCGUCCGUGUCGGCCGGUAUCGCGUGCUCCCCCACGCGGGCCUGGCUUAGCGCCGCGCGCCGGCCAACACCACAAUGCGUGUCUCGGGGCCGCGCAAGCGCAGUGGCCGCGACGGCGCUUCCGGGACGGCACUGUAGGACUUUUUUGGCGCGAGAGGGGACGGCGGCCGGGAGGGCGCGGCCCGCGCUCCGCGUUUUGGGUCCUGGCAGCGCCAUGCGCUACAACGAGAAGGAGCUGCAGGCGCUGUCCCGGCAGCCGGCCGAACUGGCGGCCGAGCUGGGCAUGCGAGGCCCCAAGAAAGGCAGUGUGCUGAAGCGGCGGCUGGUGAAGCUGGUGGUCAACUUCCUCUUCUACUUCCGGACGGACGAGGCCGAGCCCGUCGGAGCCCUGCUGCUGGAGCGCUGCAGAAUCACCCAGGAAGAGCCCAGCGGCUUCUCCAUCUGCUUCAUGGAGGACCCAGAGAGGAAGUACCACUUUGAGUGCUGCAGUGAGGAGCAGUGUCAGGAGUGGAUGGGGGCUCUGCGUCGAGCCAGCUACGAGUUCAUGCGGAGAAGCCUCAUAUUCUACAGGAAUGAGAUCCAGAAGAUGACUGGCAAGGACCCCCUGGAGCAGUUCGGCAUAUCUGAGGAGGCCAGGUUCCAGCUGGGUGGCUUGAAGGCCUGAGUUGGGUGGGGCUCGCCACCUUUUCUACUGGGACUGGAACAAGCACUCACUCCCUGUUUUCUCCAGGCCCUGGGUGUCCUGGUCAGGCCUGGAUUUGCUGCAGCAGGUGCUUGGCUUAAAGACUUCAAAAGCCCACGAUGGUGGCGGGGGACGGGGGCAGGUUGGACAGACAACCCAGUAAGCCCCCCUAUGCUCGUGCCUCGGGGACCCCCCUAGACUGGUCUGGUACCUGUUGGUGCCACAUGCUGCUACCGGGGGACAAGUGUCCACUCCUAGAAGCUGCGCCCAGCCCCUUGGGCACGUCCAUCUGGGGCCUGGCGGCACCUGAGGCUGGCACAGGUCUCCUGCUCUGUGCAGGCUGAAUGUACAAGGCCAGACGAUGCUGUGAAGGGCGUGGGGGCCACGCCUCUUGGAGCCACUGUGAAUCCUCCUCCUGCUGAUGGGGCAGCCCCUGGCCAGCCGCCUCUAGGCGGACCUGGAAGCAUUUGCUCUCAGGCCAGCGAGCUUGUUCUGUUCAAAUAAAGGUACCUCUUUUUCACAUGG